GCCGUGGUGGAGACAGCGGAGGAGGCCAUGGAGCCCGCCGAGGCGGACAUCACGGGGCUGUGCCAGGACAUGUUCUCCAAAAUGGCCACGUACCUGACGGGCGAGCUCACAGCUACCAGUGAAGACUAUAAACUUCUGGAAAAUAUGAACAAACUGACUAGCUUGAAGUAUCUAGAAAUGAAAGAUAUUGCAGUAAACAUAAGUAGAAACCUAAAGGACUUAAACCAGAAAUAUGCAGCACUUCAGCCUUAUCUGGAUCAGAUCACUCUAAUUGAGGAGCAAGUAGCAGCUCUUGAGCAGGCAGCUUACAAAUUGGAUGCAUAUUCAAAGAAACUAGAAGCAAAGUACAAGAAGUUAGAGAGGCGAUGA